AUGGGAAAGAAGUCGAAGGAGCCCAAGCCAGUGAUCGACCAAGCUCUCUCAUGGCUGGCUGUGCUGGCUGGCAUCAUAGGGCUGGUAUGCCUCAUUCCGAAAGUCCCGUACCGGUACUCCGAGAUCUACACAGGAUAUCAUAACAGGUUUGGAGUCGUCCGCCGCUACUCUUUGUUCGGAGUCACAAACAAGAAUGGACAGAUGGCAUCCUGGUUCAAACUCAAGAGAGAUACCUGCGCGAAGAUGAAGGAGUUUGCGCAAGGCAAUCCACUACUGGCCGUUGCCGGCAGCCUAGCAGCGUCACAGUCGAAAGUUGGAGGGGCAGUGGCUGGGUGCCUCUUUUGGGACGUUUGCAAAGCGCAGAUGAACGUGCGAUGCAUGGAGUACACCACGAUGUCCAUCAUCAGCCUGAUUGCCAUGCUCUUCCAGCUUGGUGGAGUUGGUUGCCUGCUCUGCGUUCCCAUGAUGCUCAACAGCGAAGAUGACACGGGGAAGGAGAAGAAGGGCGCCAAAAAAGAGAAGGCCAAGAAGUCGGCUAUGGCAGCGACCAUGAACGUCACCAUUGCGGGUUGUUUGCUUCCUUUCAUUUCCUGGGCGAUGUACAUGGGGUGUACGGACAGCAUGUUUCACACGUUCAAAACAAAAGAGGCGUAUGCCUACGCUUACAGCUAUAUCGGGUCCUACAUUGCAGUGACUGGCGAUUUUCUCGCCCUCAUUGGAAUAGUCUGUGCUUGGCGCCGAUGGAGCAAGUUUGGACAGGACAAAGAUGACGAUGAGGGCGAUGCUGCGGCCAAUGCGAGCAUGCCGACGGACCCAAUGGCAGGCAUGCCUCCUGGGGGUGCGCCGGGCAUGCCUCCGCCCAUGCCGCCUCCAUCUUGA